UGUGAAAUUUGCCCUUAUUUGAUUAAUAUCUCAUGUAUUUGUCUCUCUUCUCAACACUCUCUCGCACUCUGUUUGUAGUUGUACUCCACGUCUCUCCUCCCUCCUCAACUCUUUUGCUGCCUCUCCAGUCUUCUCCCUAACUCUCUGCUUCUCUCGUAUCCCAAACCCCGACACUUACACACGGUGGCAAGGUGAUAUCGUCAGCAGCAACAUCGGCUAAACAAUAGAGCUUGUCGGCUCGAAGCCAUCUAUAAUCUAUAGAAUCAAUCAAAGCUCAACAAGGCUUUGGAUUGCAUCAGGGAAGUGCUAGAUGGCGUUGAGGCGUUUCCUUGGGUUCUCUGAUGGUGAGUUGAUGAGGUCGGAUUCAAAACCUUGUUCCAGACUAAUGAGACAGACGGCUGGAAUUUUUACCGUUGGAGGAGGAUUAGGAUUUUGGAUUCUUUGUAGAUUGCACUAUGGUCCAAGAAUUACGGUGCCUAGGAGCCUUCGGUGGGCAGCUUGUGGAGCAGUAUCUGUUAGCUCUACGACUGCUUUACUGGUUCGCUUAUUUAGUCCUGAAUGUGAACCACAGAACAUAGCUGCUUAUGACAAGGGAAGUUAGUUUUAACUACUAGAGUUUGGUUUGGUUUUUGUUUCUCUGUCUGUAGGUUUGAAGCUUGUCUUGGAUCUAUUUUCUCAUCAAUAAUGCAAGACCAAUAUUAUUACUCAUUCCUAA